UUGCUGCAUUAUGUUAUUAUAGCAACAGAAGAUUCAAUAAUUUUAAUUAAACUUAAACAGAAUAAAUAAAAAAAGGAAAAAUCUCACUAAUACACUAAACACAGAAGAAAUAAAUGCAAAAAAAAUAACAGUUGGUUACACAAAUAAACACUCUGAACAAGCUAUUCGAUACAAAGACGGAAGGAUAUAAAAUGAAGGAAGUUGGAAAAAUACAAAAUGGCAGCAACAGCAGCUACAAAUACACGUGAAAAAGUUAAAACAUACAACAGCUACAACGGAAACAGCUCAAAAUGAGCAUAAUAAAUGAUAAUGAAUUUUCAAAUAGCGGAAUAUGAUAAUAAUAAUGAAUUUUUCAACAACAAAAGUAAAAGCUGUAAUGUAAAAGCAACAACAACAAAAUGUUACUGAAAACCUGACAAAUAUUAAAAUUGAAAGUUUUUUCUUUUUAUAAAUUGAAAUAUAAAACAUUUAAAACAGGAGAAGAAUAAUAAAACCAACAACUAAAAAUAAAUUAAAUAACUAAUGUAUGGUAAAAACCAUACAAACGACUAUUAUUAAAUUUUUGAUAAAAUACACAAAAAAUAUCAACUACACACACAACGAUAUUCGACAAUUUCUGUUAUUUUUUUGGUUUUAAUGAUUAAACAUUAUGGGCAGUUGUGCCUGGAAACGUGUUGUAAUAAAUAACCCGAAAACCAUUAUCACCGUCAUUUUUAAAUAUAACAGCCAACUCAAAAGCAGCAGCACAACCAACAGCCCCCAUCAUAAACACAUUUGUAAACAGCCAUAAACACAGUUUAACAGCAAACACAUAAAAAGUGGAAAAAAAAAUUCUACAAAAUAUAUUGAAACAUUGUGCAACUAUUUACAACCUAAAUCAGUCAGCAGUACAUAAUAACAUACAUACACACAUAUGUAUGUACAUAUAUCCUUCCAUUCAACCAUUUGUCAUCAUUAAAAACACACUACAAUUUUCGAGUGUAUGAUUAAGUAGCAAGUGGUGAGAGAGAAAGUAAGAAGAAGUGUAGAGGCGAUGUCGUUACAUUUUGAAACGCCUACAUUUAGCAAUACAUUGUCAAAGUCAAUAGCGUCAACAACAAUACGAACAUUAAAUGAUUUUAGCACUGCCAAACUACAGCAACAACAUUCAAGCCAACAUACAAGCCCACAACAGCAACAACAACAACAAAAUGAAGAUUUAUACGCAGCUUUUAAUACAGAAAAUGUUAAUACGGCUGCAGCCACCUUAGUAGAGACAACAAAUUUUCCCUCAACUUUAAUAACAUCACCUGCAAUACAUAAUAUUUUAACAAAUGCUGCCAAUGAAGCUUCAUCAGCAUCAACAUCAUCCUCAUCUUCGUCGACAUCGUCAACCACUUCAUCUUCAUUAUUAUUAACAGCAACAACUUCAACCACAUCAGCCAUAACAACAACAGCAGCAGCAACAACAACUAAUGCAUCAUUAUCUCUAACAACAUCUCUAACAUUUUUACCUUCAACAGCAUCUUCAUCUUCGACUUCAACAUCAAAUGUCAAUGUCAACGAUUCCCUUAAAACUGUAACAUCCGCUUUAACAACAUCUUUAUUCAAUGAUAAUGGUGCUGCUGCUGCUGUUGACGACAAUACCGCCAAUGCCUUAGAUAAUUAUGUCUUUGCCUCUUCAACUCCCUAUAGUAGUUAUUUAAUACCAAAUUCUACCAGCAGCCUUAGUGCAUUCGCUUUUAAUUCAACUCAUAUUGAUGACAGCAACUACAUUAACAGCACAUUGUCGACACUAACAACAGUUAUAGCUGAGCAGGACGAUGACAAUUGGAUAACUUUGGCUGUCAUCAUUUUGAAAGGCUUUAUAUUUUUCUCAAUUAUUUUAGCUGCUGUCCUUGGCAAUGCUUUGGUUAUUAUUUCAGUGCAACGUAAUCGGAAAUUACGAGUAAUAACAAAUUAUUUUGUUGUAUCAUUGGCCAUGGCAGACAUGUUGGUUGCACUUUGUGCGAUGACAUUUAAUGCGUCGGUAGAGCUGUCCGGUGGCAAGUGGAUGUUCGGACCGUUCAUGUGUAAUGUUUACAAUAGUUUGGAUGUUUAUUUUUCAACAGCGAGCAUUUUGCAUUUAUGUUGUAUCUCUGUGGACAGAUAUUAUGCUAUAGUACGUCCUCUGGAAUAUCCUUUAAAUAUGACACAUAAAACGGUAUGUUUCAUGUUAGCCAAUGUUUGGAUACUGCCUGCACUUAUAUCGUUUACACCCAUCUUUUUGGGUUGGUAUACAACUGACGAACACUUGAAAGAGAUUAGCCUACAUCCCGACCAAUGUUCCUUUGUGGUUAAUAAGGCCUAUGCACUCAUCUCUAGUUCCGUUAGUUUUUGGAUACCGGGUAUUGUGAUGUUGGUUAUGUAUUUUAGAAUUUAUAAAGAGGCAGUUAGGCAACGUAAAGCCUUGAGUCGUACUAGUUCUAAUAUUUUACUAAAUAGUGUACAUAUGGGCCAUACUCAGCAGCCGACAAAUUUAAAUUAUUUACAUCCCAGUGACUGUGAAUUCACCCUAACGAGAGAAGAAACUCAUAGUGCGAUCAGUAAUCUCGAGGAUAUUUUACCACAAACAGAUGAUGAUGACAAAGAUGAGUGCGAUGAGUUGCGUGUUCCUUCACCACCACCCCGUAGACUGAGUCGGAGUAGUAUUGAUUUACGUGACCUCGAACAAGAGCGCUACGAAAAAGUUACACACACAGAUAGUGCACCCUCAAUGAUAGCCUUACAUUAUGCCACACAACAACAGUUGCAGGUGCCAUGCAACAAAGAUGCAGCAGCAUUUAAUCAAGAACAGCAGCAACAAAUUUGGCAUGAUACUUUAAAUGAUUUGCAGCAGCCCAUUGAGAUUACGGUUCCUAUAACAAAAACAACCCAUCAACAGAGACAACAUACAUCCUCAAUGAGUAGUAAUUCACCUCCAACGUUAAAUAAACAGGGUAAUCAAUUUAGUACUAGUAAAAAUGGUUGUGAUUCAGAACAAUACCAAGUAUUUGGUGGCAAUAAUAGUGAUGAUAGUGAAACCAACGAUUACUACGAUAGUAUCAAUAUAAUGAAGCAAGCACCUACCACUUGUCUGCCCAUAGCCGAAGAUAAUAAAGAGCUUAAACGUCUGAUAGAAGACAAUUAUUUGUAUUUUAAGAAACAAACGGCAGGGGCAGACAAAACUGUGGAGGGUGAUAAGUACAGCAGGAAUCAAAGCGGCAGUAGGUAUCCUGCUUUAAGUGAGACUGACUUUAUACGCAUGAAAAAUGGCGAAAAUCGUUAUCGCUGCAGUAAGGAUACAAGUAAAAAGUCAUUCGCUCUUAGUGAUUCGGAAUUCUUGAAAAGUUUUAAUGAGAGCAAAAGUAAGAAGAAGCAAUUGGAAGCCUUAAAAGAAGGCACCAUUGCCACAACCACAACUAGUACAAAGGAAGAGAGUAAGGGAGGUUUUAACCUUAAGUCUUUAUUGGCCAAAACAAAACGUUCUAGCACGGAAUGUUUUUCACUGGAAAAGAAAAGGCAUCAGGCCAAUUCCGAGGAAAUACAAUCCAGUAGAGCCCAGCUGUUUAAACGUUCCCGCAAUCGUAAACUUUCACACAGUUACAAUGGUGGCCUAAGAGAAAGACAAAAAUAUGAAAUACGUUCCCGUCAACAUAGUGAUACCGAUUCAGAUGUUUAUUUACCCCGCCUGUUUAGCGAAAGUCAAGAUUCCUCUAGUCGUUAUAAUACUCCCGAUAUUUUGCUAGAUAUUAAUAUACUAAAUGAACAAUCCGAAGAUGGCAGAAGAGAAGAGGAGGAACAAAUGUCCAUGAGGUCACCGAAACAUACAAAUACCUACAUACAAUUAAUAGAUUUGGGGGCAAAUACUAUACAGGAAGUGGGGCCAGAUGAUUUGUCUUUUAUGAAAGACAUAAAUCAAGAUUCUCCUCAAAUACCCAAUACUCCACCAUCCUCUUUGUCACCCACUUCUCUAAUAGACUCUUCAAUACCCGAGCAAUUAAAAACGGAAACUUUAAAUUCUAUAAAUGAGAAAUCCAAUGUCUCCAUCAAAUCUAGCUCUGAAUUGGCGGAACUAUUUCGAUCUUUAAGCUUUCCCUCAACAGAGCAAUCCUUUCAAUCUCCUGUACAUCAACCCGAAAUAAUGAGCAGUAUUAAAGCCAAAGAAUCUUUUAAAAUUAUUAAAAAGGAAUCAAUAAAACAACGCAUGAGUACGCUGAGCGAUCAGGUGUUAGUCAAUAAGAAUAGUUCAAAUUUUUUAAUGUCUCCACCCAUGACACCGAAUUUUAACUCAGUCAUUCAACUGCCCACUAGUAAGUCACCAAAUUUAAUAUUAACCGGUAAUAGUAGCAGUUUUGGGGGAGGUGGUGCGGGGACUCCCAGCAAUAGCAUAAAUGUUUACUUUCUUUCGCCGCCACCUACAGCCACUGCACCCGUAUUUCCUCUCAACUCGCCCAGCAAUCAGUUUUUUGUUAGUGAUACUUCCACCGUAUCAAUGGACAUGUUUGCAACACUGGCCGUACCCUCACAAGCACAACAAAUAAACAACACAGGAACAGGAACUCAGCCAGCACCACCAUUAACACUGCAACCUACCUCACAGAAAACAAAUAUUUCACCGAAACCGGAAAUUAUUUUAGAUUCCACACUCUCACCGACCUCUAUGCGUAGCGGCUGUGGCGGUGGCAGUGGCGGAUCUUUAGCGGGAGAAGACAAAGACUUAACAUCACCGUUAUUCAAACGUCAUGACACAGAACCGGAAUCUACAAUUACAAAUAGCCAACGAAGUGGCAAACGCAGUUCUCUUCUCACCGGUUACGAGGGCAUACAAACUGUGCGAAAACGACAGGCUUCUGUUGUUACGUAUGACGUUAAUGUCAUAAAUUUUUCACAAGACAACAGUGAUAGUCGCAGCUAUAUACCCAUGGGACGAGUAUCAACAAGUUCAGCCAAAUAUGAAGCAGAUUACUGUAGUAAAUCGUCGCUUAAACGUCGUGGUGGUAUUUGUAUAUUUGUCGAUGAAGAAGAAGUUGAACAAAUGAUUGAUCCAACAAUGACCACCGCCCAACAGCAACAACAACUGCAACAGCAUGGCACAAAAAGUAUAACUUUUAAUGUCAAUUCAUCGUUUAAACGUAAAUCGAGAGGUGGUAACAAAUCUAACAAGUGUCUUUAUUGUGGUUCAGAUCUAAAAGCACAAAAGCAACAACAACAACAAACCUCCUUAAAAACGGAAAAUCUAAAUAGCAAAAAACAUAAUAAUAAAGAUAAUAACAAUAGCAGGCAUGACAUCAAGCAAAUGCGUAAGAAACGUAAUUUAAGUUUAUGGCAUAGAACACGUUAUUGGUACUAUAAGAAUCGGAAACAACCCUAUAAUGGAUGCCAAUGUGGGGCCAACGGUGGUUCGGUAAGACCAACGAAAGGCUGGAAAGCUGAACAUAAAGCUGCACGUACUUUGGGCAUUAUAAUGGGCGUAUUCCUAUUAUGUUGGUUGCCAUUUUUUCUAUGGUACGUGAUAACAUCACUAUGUGGUCCUGCAUGUCCUUGUCCGGACGUUGUCGUAGCUGUACUCUUUUGGAUUGGUUAUUUUAAUUCAACACUCAAUCCACUCAUUUAUGCUUAUUUUAAUCGUGAUUUUCGAGAAGCAUUUCGUAAUACCUUAGAAUGUGUUUUACCAUGUUUGGAGAAACGUAAUCCCUAUAAUGCUUAUUAUGUGUAGCAUAUGCAGCAUUCAACAAUAUCCUCCUCGUCAGCGGUGGCAACAACAGUGUAUUAAGUAAAAACAAAACUAAACUAGCAUACAGUAGACGAGGCAAGAUAUUACUACCGAACUAAAAUUAUUAAGCGAGAUAUUUUGAAGUACAGUAUUAAAUUUAUAUGCAAUAAAUACUACCAUUACAUGUACACUUUCACUAUACACAUUUAGUAUGUAUUUUCGUAAGUAUGUUUGUUUGUGAUUUUGUAUGUAUGUUUGAGUGUAAGAAAGAGUGCGUGUGUAUGUUUUAGUUUUUUUUUUAAGUACAUCGUAGUAAAGUAAGAGAUUGUAAACUAAAACUAUUUAUGUGAUAAACCAGAAGAAAAAACAAGAAAAUUUAAAAGAAAACAAGAUUUUAUUUUUGUAUUUUGUUAAGUGUUUUAAAUGAAAAACAAAACAAAGAACUGCUCUUAAGGGGAUAUUUAGAAAGUGUUCUACUUUGAACGUUUAUUUUGAAGCACAGUGGGUUUUAAAUAAAAUUAUAGUUAAGUUAAACUAUCCUUUAUAUUAAAAUUAUCCUGAAAAAAAAAUUUAGAAAAAUAAAAACUAACAACAUAUUUUGCGUUGCCGAUAAACUGAACUGUAUACAAUAACGAACACUUUCGGUUGUUUUUUAUAUAAAAUCUAAUAGUAAACUAGUAUCAACUAUUCUGAAAUACCACUGUAUCAAUUCAUUUUUUUUCUAAUUAAAAGAUUUUUUGUACUUAAUUUUCAUAUUUGCAAAAUCUUAUAAUUUUAGUAAUUCUAGUUUUGUUUAGUCAUAAAAAUAUAUUUUGUAUAAAGUUUUUUAUAUACAUGAGCGGUCUAUGAAAUAAAAGUUUAUCCCCAGGUUCUAAAGUACUUCUAAAGAGUUUUCAAGGAACUAGUUCUUUGACAUUAGUUAUACAUUGAUACUACACUAGUUCAAUGGAACACAUACUAGUUCCGAAACAACUUCUUAGAACCAGUUGAAAAAAAUGAAAAAAAAAUUAAAAAUUCAUAAACUUAUUUUUAUUGAAAUAGAAAAUGCAUUCAUAUCUUUAUUUCUGCAUAAAAUUGAACUAUAAGCAAUCAAAGAGACCCUAAUUGAAUUGUACCGGGAGACUGGGAAGUUAGCUGCUAGUUUCUUAUAUCCUGUGUAAGAAAUAGUUCAACAGAUGAAUCUUAUGUAAGAUAAUUGUAAGUAAGUUUUCUAAAUAAAAUUUGGUACAAUAAUAAUAAUCCCUCAACAGUGUCUCAAAAUUAUACUUAAUCUUAAUAAUUUCGAACAAAAAACGCUGAAAAAAUUAACUAUUUUUAAAUAAAGAGUAUACGUUCUGUAAAGCUUCCGUAGAACUAGUUCCGAGGUUAACAAAUUCGAACAAAAAUUAUUGAUUAAAGAACUAGUUCCGAAACCGUUUCAAAGAACGAGUGUCAAAUCCAUAACGCUUCCUCAGAACUAGUUCCGAAGGUGACAAUUUCGAACAGAAAUCAUUGGUCUCAACGCCAAAACAGAUGUUUAGCAAGAAAAGUCUUCCUUACAUUUACAUGCAAUAAUGUUGAGAGCAAUAUGUUGCCUUUUAUAUAAACAAUUAGUAUAUGGGCUUGACAAUUGACUAUUAUAUGGACUAGUCUAUUCACCUGUCUUUAGUCUAUUCUAUUGAAAACUAUUGAAUAGUUUAUUGACUAGUCUUUAAGGAUUAUGGAAAUGAUUAAAGUACAUGAUCCAUUUCGUUAAUCCCAAAAUUACUCCCCUGCAAACGUUAUUGGAGUACAUGAUCCGGAGUAGUUUUAGGAUUAAUCUUUGCAAUGCAUGUGUUGAUUACUGGGUCCUCACUUAGGACAAUGCAACGUUAAUAAAUGAACUAAGUUUUUUCAUAUAUUUAGAUUAGUUUUGGACUGGUUCAAAUAGAUCCUUUACGGAGUACUCUUUACAAGCGCGUGAGGAGUAGUCUAAAUUUUUGUAGGGUGUUUAAUAUUACUUCCUGAUAGAUAAAGUUUAAAUUAUGUUUGUGUGAAAAACAAAUCAAUGAUCAUGUUCCAUAGUUUGGUUUUCAGUAUUUAAAAGAAAAUCCUUUAAGACAGGAGAAGUUUUUCUAUCCAUCUUUACCCACUGUGCUUUAACCAUUUAAUUUAAUCUACCCUAGACAACCAACCAUACAUACUUAAGUAGUUAUUUUAAUAGCAAACUGCAACAAAUACAUAUACACAUGUAUGUUAUUUAGUAUUUUAAAGCAAUAAUACUUUUUCUUCAUAUAUUUUUAAGUUCUUUUCUUAAUAGCAGUAUGAGUAAAAUUUUAUUUUAAAUACAAUACCUACCACCUAGCUAGUUUGUUUUUAUGUAUAAAUUGAAUUUUUACAAAGCUUUUGCAACACCUGUUACACUUAAACAUGAAAAAAGUUUAAAAAAAUUAUGUAUUUUGUUUGUAAAUAAAAACUAGUAGCAUAGUUAAAGAAAUAGCAAUUAAAUAUUGAUGUAAAAUAUUGUAUUCCAAAAGGCUUAAAAAAUAUUAUUAUAUAAAAUAGUAAUACAAAUUACUAAGAAAUACACUAAAAAAGCUGAAAUAUUAGUUAAAUACAUACAUAAAUAUAUAUUUAAGUAAAUAGUUAAAAUAAAAUAACACAUGGUGUUCUUGUAAAUGUCUCUGGUUUAUAAGCAAUAUUUGACGUAUACGUAUUGUAUGUAUUAUGUAUGAUAUAAGUAUGAUUUUAUUUUAAAGCAAAAAUUUGCAAAAACAAAAACCUACUUUGUUGAGGAUUUUGAAAAUUGUUAAAAAAUUCUUCUUUAAUUUUUAAGUAGUUUUUUAAUAUGUUAAAUACUUUGUCAUAAUUAUUGAUUCAAAGUUUUUGUUUAGAACCUAGUGUCGAGAGUCGAAUACGUAAGUUACUCUGGAUGUAUUUAUAAUCCACACCAAAAUACAUUUUGGUAUAAACAAUCACAUGAUUUAAAGGUCAAGAUCUUGUUAUGGAAGAUCAUUAGCUGGCGAUUGAAACCCGUUUAUAGAUGAUAAUCAUCCAGAGAUUGAGAGAUCAUAAACUUGCUAUUGAAAACUUUUUAUAGGCGAUCAUGAGCUAACAAUUGUAUAUAAAGCCUGAAAGUUUAAGACGGUGAUGACAUUGGAGUCAAUUACUUACGAUGCUUGCUUAAAAAUAACUCCCCAAAUAAGUGCUUACAAAUACUGAGUUAAAAAAUUUGUGUGUUUUACCCACAAAAAAUGCUCACACAGAUUACAAACUUGGACCUCUUGUUCGUUAGUUAGCUAUGUUACUGUGCGUCACAUAUUGUAUAUAGUGCUUACGCAUCUGAUGAUAUGUAAGUCUUUGUAAGAGUACUUAAAUAUAAUGCAGACGUUAUGCAGUAGUCAUUGAAGAGUAAGUAGUUGUGUAAGUACAAGUCAUUACCGAGUUUUUUCUGGAUAUGUAUAGUUGCUAAAUCGCCAUAAAAGAAAUUCUUUGAUGCAGCAGAUUCAUUAUAAACGUCGAUAACGCCCAUUUACAUGGAGAGUAGGGUUAUAAUUAUUUUUUUUGCAAAAAAUAUACCUAUUGCCUCAUAAUAGGCAAUACUAAUUUAAUAAUAGAAAUCGUGUUCGCCUUUAAUUUUGGCAAAAAAAUUACACCUGUUAAUUCAAAUAUUUUCUAAAUAUUUAAACAUACCAAAGGUAUCGGAGAUGUUAUCGAAAUUCCGAAAAAACAAAUUUCAACUCGGUAACUUUGUUGACAGCAGCGAAAAAAUAAGAUUGUAUUUCUUAAAAUAUUUUAUUAUCUUUUUAAGUAGGUAAUGUAAAAUUGUAAAUUUGCAGAAAGAAAUUCUAAAAGUCAUAACACUAGCAGAGAGUCUUCCAUCUAUCAGGAUUCUCAAAUGUUGGGAAUAAUUGUUGCCAAACAUUCAAUGGGACUUCUCCUAAUACAAGCGGAUUGUAAGAGUUUCACAAUGGUGUAAGUGUACUUGCAUACAUAUGUAUUUGUACAACUCAUUAAUGUAUUCACGUUUAAUUUCCGUUGUAUGUCAACUAAAUUCUGUAAAACUUUUUCUGGUUGUUUUUAUAUAACUUGUAAACUAUUAUAACAGAAUUCUACAUAAAGAUUUAUAUAAGCAUAUACUUUUUUUAAUUUCCUUUUGAUGUACCAAUUCCAAUUAGUAUGAAACUUUCAAACUAUAUAAAAAAAUGUGAAGUUAAACUAACUGCUUAAUAGGAACUAGUAUUUUAUAUUUUAAUUUAAAUAUGAAUAUUUAAAAAGGGGAAAACAUACUCUUGCAAAAUUAACAUGAAUUUCAACCUCAUUUGACAACAACUUUCUAAUUUAAAUGUUCCCAGAAUUUUAUUAGCAAUAAAAUAAUAUUUGUAAUUUAAUAAAUUAAAGAUUCUAAAAAUAAUUCAAGAAUAAUCCAAGAGUCGAUUUAGUGCUAUAUUUACACUAAACAUUUAUUUAACAAAUAUGAAGUAAAUGUUUUUUUUUUUUCACAAAAUUGUUUUAAAACUUUUCAAUUAUUUGCUUUUUAACAAAGACUUGAAUAAGUAGGUAUAUAAUGUUGUUUUUUUAAUUUAAUAUUAAUAAACGGAAACGUAUAAAAAAUGAAUAAAAACAAUUGGUUGAAUAAAUGAUCUAUGAAAGUAUCAUUAGUUUUAAAUUGAUGUCUAAAUAUUCUAGAUAUUAAAGGAAAUGUCUUUUUAAAAAUAAAAUAAUUUAAAUUUGCAUCGAAAUUACAAAAUACAACAAAUUGAUAGUAUAUGCAAAUAAACAAAAAUACAUAUAAUUACAUAAGUACAAGUUGAUAAAUUAGAAUAUUAAAAAUUGAAAAUUCUUAUAAUGAAGUAAAAAAAAUACAAAGUAAAAAAAUACUAAAAAUGCAAAAAUUAGAAAACUAACUAACUAGCGGAAAAAU